AUGGCCUCACCCGGCAGUGUCGCGCUGGAUCUCAAUGCCAACGAAUAUCUUUCCUCGAUCGCGUUCGCCCUGCUUUACUACGACUAUACGCUGACCUUCGAGAUCGAGGUCGAUAGGUUCUGGACCCCGAAAUUUACCUCGGCUUCCUAUCUCUUCUAUCUAAACCGCUAUCUGGGGAUAUUCGGCCACAUCCCUGUAAUCUUGCAACUUUUCAGAGCGUUCUCAAAUAAAACGUUGGUGAUCUCGUCAUGUCUUGCGGCCGGCCCUGAGCGAUUCCCUAGAUGCAUACAGCUGCAGAGCUACCAUCAAAUCCUCUCCGUCGUCGUUCAAGUGGUCGUAGGAACAUGCCUUAUUGUGCGAACAUACGCCCUGUACGAGAGAGCCCGCUGGGUGCUCUGGUUUCUCUGCAGUCUCGCGCUGGGUGUCAUCGCCGUCGGAUGCUGGGCUAUUACGGGGAAGCAUACAAACCCCGUGCCCAUACAGGACAUAGGCUGCAAUACCACGCUCUCCUCCGAACAGGUAAUCCGUAAGUCCUCGGAUAUUCCCCAAUUACCUGAGACACGAUGCCGGAGCCCUAUCCCAGAUCUCGCAAUUGCGUGGGGUGGUAUGACCACCUUUGACCUGGUGAUAUUUUUCCUGACUAUUCUCAAAUCGUUACGCAUGGCACGGAUCGGGCGGCGCACGCUCGUGGACGUGAUUUUGCAGGAUGGUGCCAUGUACUUUUGGUAG